UCGCUCACGACCCCGGGUUGGUACGGGCUCAGCGUCACCGGCACAUUUUCUAUCUCCUCCCCCUUAUAUCCUUGCCCUCUUCCCGGGGUAACUCCCGGCCGGUAUUUCACACCCACCAGUUUGACGUACACGCAGACUCGGCUCCAGCCAGCGAGCGAGCAGCCUCUAGCGUGUGCGCGUGUUCAUCUUCCCCGGCCGGCGCGCCGGUUCCUCUCCUCUUGUGGUGCACCGCGGGCUGGGGUUAUCUAGGGUUUUAUACCUCGUGCCGUGUUGGUUGAUCGGCCGCUUGGUGAUUAGAUGGAAGGAUCAGGAGGAGGAGGAGGGGGAGGGGGCGCGGCGGUGUCGAAGAAGAAGAGCUCCAAGGAGGGGGAGGAGGAGAGCCUGCCGCCGGGGUUCAGGUUCCACCCCACCGACGAGGAGCUCAUCACCUACUACCUCCGCGGCAAGAUCGCCGACGCCGGCUUCACGGCCAGGGCCAUCACCGAGGUUGACCUCAACAAGUGCGAGCCAUGGGAUCUCCCAGAGAAGGCGAAAAUGGGAGAAAAAGAGUGGUACUUCUUCAGCCUAAGGGAUCGCAAGUACCCGACCGGCGUGCGAACAAACCGUGCAACUAAUGCUGGCUACUGGAAGACUACGGGGAAAGAUAAGGAGAUAUUCACCGGGCAACCGCCAUCCACACAAGAGCUAGUUGGGAUGAAGAAAACCCUAGUCUUCUACAAGGGGAGGGCUCCAAGAGGCGAGAAGAGCAACUGGGUCAUGCACGAGUAUCGCCUCCACCUGAAGCCGGCCUCCAAAUCAAACAAGGAUGAAUGGGUGGUGUGCCGCAUCUUCGCCAAGAGCCCGGGGGUGAAGAAGUACCCGUCGAGCACCAACGCGCACUCCCGGUCCCACCACCACCCGUACACGCUGGACAUGGUCCCGCAGUUCCUCCCGACGCUGCUGGGGCACGACCUGUUCGGCGGCGGCCGCGGGCACCACCACCCGUACAUGACCCCCGCCGACCUGGCGGAGCUCUCGCGCUUCGCCAGGGGCACGCCGGGGCUGCACCCGCACAUCCAGCCGCACCCCGCCGCCGCCGGGUACCUCAACCCGCCGGGCCCCUUCACGCUCUCCAGCCUCAACCUCAACCUCGGGGGCCCGUCGCCGCAGCACGUCCUCCACCACGCCAUGCCGAUGCCGAUGGGCCAGCAGCAGCAGCAGGCGGGCGGUGCCAAUGGCCAGGCGAUGACGAUGGAGCAGCACAUGGCCGCGGGGCUCGGCGGCAUCCCGGCCGCCGGAGGGGACGGCGGCGGGUUCGGCGGAGAGGGGCAUGCGGCAGGGGGUGCUGGCAUGAGGUACCAGAACCUGGACGUAGAUCAGAUGGUGGAGAGGUACUGGCCUGGUAGCUACUGAUGAGUGUACGUAGGUUGUGUACGUGAGACGCCUGGGGUGUCAGGCGAUUGUUGACUACGUAGGAGCAGGGCGGUUUGAGUGGUGUUUAAUCUAGUCUCUUCGUUGUAUCAUCCAUCAUCUUCUCUGUCGGUUGUUCUUUGAGCAUUUCAGGUUAGCUUUGGUCGCCCGCCUUGUACACAGACCGUUUGCCUUACCUAACUGCGCGCUUGUAUACAUUCAGGAUCAGCAGUGAGUUUAUAAAUAGUACUGGUAUACUUGUUA